UCGUUCAGCGGCAUUUUAUACUCAGUUCUGCAACGACGUGUAAGCGAAGAAUUCGUUUAGACUCAAGCUAUCUAUUGUUAUUGGAAAACGUUCUGCUAAGCCUGCAAAAGUUGGAACAUCCACGUAAUUUUAUCAUUAGCAAUAUUAAACAAUGAUGACCAGCUCAGAAAGAAAACUCCCCAUCCUCAAAACAGACUCCCACAUUAUCGAUCAGGAAUUCAGCUCCAUCCGAGAGCGUUUUGAUGACGAGAUGAAACGGAUGGAGGAGGAGAUGACCAAGUUCCGGUCACAACUGCUGGACCGUGAACGCGAUUCUUUCACUAGUACCAGCCAAACUCAACGUACUAGCACCAUGCAUACAUCAAAGACAUCCAACGAGGGCACCACGCAUAAGUCUGAACUACGAACCUGGUUGGACGGGCUCAAAUCUCCUCUUAUUCAAGAAGGUGAUGAGGGUAAAGAAUUGAAGUUGCGAUUUGACGUAUCUGAGUACACCCCUGAGGAAAUCGUGGUAAAGACUGUGGACAACCGCCUUCAGGUACAUGCUAAGCAUGAAGAAAAAUCUGAGUGCAAACAAGUUUUUCGAGAGUAUAAUAGAGAGUUUCUGUUGCCAAAGGGAACCAACCCGGAAAUGAUUAAAUCAUCUUUAUCAAAAGAUGGCGUUUUGACGAUUGAAUCGCCUCUACCGGCCCUAGAAGGAUCACAAGAACGAAUGAUUCCUAUUCACUCCGCUUAAACUAAAAAAAUAAAUAAACUAUCGUAAUUAAUAUAUUACUGUAAGAAUAAACAAAGUAGCUUUUCUUUUCAAGCAAGGUUUUUAUUGUUCUUGGGUGUUUGUUUUUUGCGAUAAUGUUCUGAAUUGUAUAAAAUCGUUACUGUUUUUCUAAGAUGAGUUGCACUUAGAUUUUGGUUUCAUUCAACGAUUUUUUUUCUCCAUUGAAACGAUACUUUGUUUGUUAUAAAAAGCUACUUGUUACAAUAUUCAGUUACCUAGUAUAUGGAAUGGCAUUCCUUUUGUUGAAAUGUUCUUUCUCUGAUAGUAAAUGAUAGCAGUAAGAUUAGAUAUGUAUCAGUAUAUCCUGCACAUCCACUAAAAUAGAAUUGUACCACAUAAUUACAUUUUUAAGAAAAUAUUACACGUUAGUAACGACCUAGAACUGUGAAUAUAGUUGGACAGCAGCACUAACACACGUUGCACGUAAAGCCAAUCAGGAGUUCAAUAUCCUUUGUCAGUGUUCUCUGUCGUUUGUCUUGUGAUAUUUAUUUGUACUUACAUGUCAUUUAAAGAAAAAUAAAGAACUUGUUUCUUUCUCUUAAAAGU